AUUAGCAUAGGGCGGUGAAUAAAUACCUCUGUGUCGCUUCUGACCUCACAUUGCUUUGUGAAGUUUGUGUUCAAAAAGCAUCAUGCCUGAACCAGCAAAGUCCGCGCCUAAGAAGGGCUCCAAGAAGGCCGUCACGAAGACCGCCGGUAAGGGAGGAAAGAAGCGCAAGAGGUCCAGGAAGGAGAGCUACGCUAUCUACGUCUACAAAGUCCUGAAGCAGGUUCAUCCUGACACCGGCAUCUCUUCCAAGGCGAUGGGCAUCAUGAACUCUUUCGUCAACGACAUCUUCGAGCGCAUCGCCGGUGAGUCGUCUCGUCUCGCUCACUACAACAAGCGCUCCACCAUCACUUCUAGAGAGAUCCAGACCGCCGUGCGUCUGCUGCUGCCCGGAGAGCUGGCCAAACACGCCGUGUCCGAGGGCACCAAGGCCGUCACCAAGUACACCAGCUCCAAGUAGAGAUUCAACCGAGACUCUCAGCGACCCAAAGGCUCUUUUAAGAGCCACCCAACUUUUACUUUAAAGAGUUUCUGUUGUUCGUAAAACUAUAUAUUUUUCGGAAAAAUUUACUUUGAAAUAAAUGGAUUUUCUAAAGCGUCUAAUGAAAUUUGAUUCGAGUCUAAUACAAGGCUAUAGUUUUCGUCGUUCUUCAGCGACAAUAACUUUUUUUUUUUUUUUUUUUUUUUCUUGGAAAAGUAAAUCCAGGUAAACUAAGGGGUUUGGAAUGAUGUGGAAAGGUUUUCAGUUUUGGACAAAUCAUUAAUUUAAAUACACACAGGUGAAAUCUCAAUUUUAGCUCUAAAUAUUUAAGUUACAAAUCAUGUACUUUUUAUUGCUGUUAAAACACUACAAUAUUUGAGCUCCUUAGUAACUGUUGCUCCAUCAUGAUAAAUUUGCAUAUUAAUGGGCAUCAAGUUUACUAUAUGCAUUUACAAAAUAUGUGAUUAUAAGGUUCAUUACUGUAGACAGGAGCAUUUGGGCCUAGGUAAGUUGACUUCUUAUUCAUUUUAGUCUACGCUAAUAAAACAGUUUAGUGAAAUUCACUUGCCAGGAGGGUGUUUUUACAAUAAUCUAAUCUUUCAAUCAUUAGAUUUCUCAUUGUCAUCUUAUUAUGGACUAAUGCCCUGCACCUGUCUGAAAAUGUUUAUUAAAAAAGUAUCUUUCAAGUGAUCUGUCAAAUGAUGAUGACUGAAGCAUUUAAGACUGAAGGACAAUUAUGAGAACUGAAUAUUACUGGAGCAGCUAUUAUGAUGCUUAAUGAAAGAAAUUAAGUUGUGAAAUAUUUGUGACAAUAUGGCAUAUAGAGAGGUUUAUGAGCAAUUUUAUGUAGGCCGGUCAUCUUUGACCUGCAACACCACAAGUGUGAAUUUGUGCCAUUUUGUACCAAAUAAAAUAAUUUCAAAACAAGCUUCCUAGUUACACAUUAAAGUACACUAGUGUAAAAAAUUGUAAAGAAUAUAUUAAAAAAUUUAAUUCAG